CUUCAUUUCAGAUUUGCAGAGCAAUGAACUCAGUGGUGAUGGACACGGCACAGGACGAUGCAGCAGUAGACUCUAGAAGUCGAGAGAGUUUGGAUCAUCGAGAAGAUUUUCCCAACCUUCGACAUCUCGUUGGCCGUCAUUUUGAUAACCUUUGGACCAGGGAAACCGUCUUCCGUCGAUUGCCGGUACUCCAAUGGGCGCCAACGUACAGGCUUAACAGUCUCAUCUCGGAUGCUAUCGCCGGAAUUACCGUUGGACUUACCUCCAUACCUCAAAGUAUCGCCUAUGCGACCGUGGCAAAUCUGGAACCACAGUAUGGACUGUACUCCAACUUUAUGGGAUCGUUUGUGUAUGCGUUCCUAGGAUCGGUCAAAGAGAUCACAGUUGCCCCGACGGCGGUUAUGGCUUUGAUGGUACAACAGCCAGUGCUAGAUCUGGGGCCAGCCGGUGCCGUUUUGUUGUCGUUCUUAUCAGGCUGUAUCAUGCUGCUGCUGGGAUGUUUCAACUUUGGCUUUGUGGUACAAUUCAUAUCAAUGCCGGUGAUCACAGGGUUUAUUACUGCAGCUGCUAUAACCAUCAUCAGCAGUCAGUUAAAAUCACUGAUGGGCAUAACUUCCUCGGGAAAAUCUUCCGGCUUUGUGGAUACUUGGAUCAACCUGUACGAAAACGUAGGCGAAACUCGGCUCUGGGACUCUGUAUUAGGGUUUGGCUCACUUUUUCUUCUGAUUCUGUUAACGCUCAUCAAAGGACGCGGCCACGGCAAAUGGAAAAUAUUCACAAAAUAUCUUUGUCUGCUAAGAAAUGCUAUGGUUGUGCUGAGUGGUGGAAUGAUAGCUUACAUUUGCAGUACGCAAGAAGUUUUCCCAUUCAAGCUGACCGGUAAAGUAGCUUCUGGAUUACCCUCGUUGAAACUGCCUCCAUUUGAAACGGACCACGAAGGAAAGCAUUACGACUUCAUUGAUAUGAUACGCACGCUCGGUUCGUCCGUAAUUUCCGUUCCACUGAUAUCGAUUCUGGAAAUCGUUUCCAUCGGCAAAGCUUUCUCACGUGGACGGUUAGUGGAUGCAACGCAAGAAAUGCUUUCGCUUGGGUGCUGUAAUGUGGCCAGUUCGUUUGUUUCCUCUAUACCGACCACGGCUUCGUUUGCCAGAUCAGCGAUCAACAGCAGCAGUGGAGUGGUGACACCUUUUGGUGGAGUGUUUACAGGCGUGUUGGUGUUACUGGCGCUCGGCCUGUUAACGGACUAUUUUUACUUCAUUCCUAAAACAACACUUGCCGCGGUCAUCAUUGCCGCCAUGAUAUUUAUCAUUGAGUAUAGAGCCGUUGCGGAAAUGUGGCGUAUAAAACGGAUCGACAUUGUACCAUUUCUAGCGACCGUAAUAUCAUGCCUAUUUUUGGGAUUGGAAAUUGGUAUUGUUGUCGGGAUAGCUGUCAAUCUAUGCUUUCCUCUGUAUUUAGCAUCACGUCCUCGAAUCACUCAUCGUGUAAUGAAUAUCAACGAAACAACGGUACUGAUUGUUCGACCUGACAGUGACCUAGCAUUCUCGUCGGCUGAAUACUUUCGUGAGAAGAUACUUAAAUUGGUGCAUCGCACCUUACCGCAGAUAGUACUCAUCGAUGGCGAAUGGGUAAAAUUUGUAGAUAGUACAGUGGUACGAAAUUUAUCAAGCACCGUCAGCGACAUAAGGCAGCAAGAACGGCACGUGCUGCUUUGGCGAUGGGAUAAGAACGUUCGAAGCGCUCUGUAUCGAUUUAAAAAACAUAAAUUCAUGCCUCUGUUCAAGAACGAAGAAACUGCAGAAAUGGUCAUCGAGAAUUGGAAGCCAGGAUAUUCGAACGAAUCGUACGUGAAUAUCGUUUAGCGCUU